UCGGCGAUCGGCGAUCGGAGGAUGGCGUCGGGCGCCCCGCUGCGGAAAGUGCUGCUGAGCGACAGCCUGGACCCGUCGUGCCCGCGGCUGCUGCGGGAGGCCGGCGUCGGCGUGGUGGAGAAGGCCGGCCUGAGUCCCGAGCAGCUGCUGGCCGAGAUCCGGGACUGCGAUGGGCUCAUUGUACGAUCUGCCACCAAAGUGACUGCAGGUGUCAUCAACGCUGCUGAGAAGCUGCAGGUCAUUGGGAGAGCUGGGACUGGUGUGGACAAUGUGGAUGUCGAUGCCGCUACGAGGAAAGGAAUCCUGGUCAUGAACACACCGACUGGCAACAGCCUCAGUGCAGCCGAGCUGACGUGUGGCAUGGUCAUGAGCCUGGCAAGGCAAAUACCGCAAGCUGCAGCUUCAAUGAAGGAAGGGAAAUGGGAUCGGAAGAAGUUUAUGGGGAUGGAGCUCCAGGGGAAGACGCUGGGCAUUCUCGGCCUAGGCAGGAUUGGACGAGAAGUGGCCGUCCGGAUGCAGUCCUUUGGCAUGAAGACCAUAGGCUACGACCCCAUCAUCACUCCUGAGGAGUCUGCCGCUUUUGGAGUUGAGCAGCUGCCUUUGGAACAAGUCUGGCCGCUGUGCGAUUUCAUCACCGUCCACACCCCUCUGCUGCCUUCCACCACAGGGCUCCUGAAUGAUGCCACUUUUGCUCAGUGCCGGCGUGGGGUCCAGGUGAUCAAUUGUGCCCGAGGAGGCAUUGUGGAUGAGGCGGCCCUUUUGCGGGCCCUGCAGUCUGGCCAGUGUGGGGGAGCAGCCCUAGAUGUCUUCACGGAGGAGCCCCCCAGGGACAAGGCCUUGGUAAACCACCCCAAUGUCAUCUGCUGCCCCCACUUGGGUGCCAGCACCAGAGAAGCUCAGAGUCGCUGUGGCAGAGAGAUUGCAGUGCAAAUAGUGGACUGGGCCCAGGGUAGGGCUCUGGUAGGCGCGGUCAAUGGCCAAGCUCUCCACAGUGCAUAUGCCCCUCAUACCAAACCAUGGAUUGCCCUGGCCAGGGCCCUGGGGACUGUGCUGCAGGCCCUGAGCCACCCAGUGCAUGGAGGCGUUCAGCUUGUCACUCACGGUGCAACCUUGCAGAAGGCGGGCAGCUACCUGAGCCCUGCCGUGGCCAUCGGCCUCCUUAAGGAAAGUGUGCAGAAGGAAGCGAACCUUGUGAACGGGCUUCUCCUGGCACAGGAAUCUGGGCUGAAGAUCACCACAACCCACAGUGGCAGAGUGCUGGGUAGCGACGAGGCCCUGCUGCAACUUUCUGCGCAAGAGUCACCCUAUGUGUUAGUUGGGUCUGUGGCGGGCAGCACUCCUGUCCUGCAUGAACUCAGUGGAGCCGUCUUCAAACAGCAUGUUCCCCUCUCCGGCACUCUGCUGUUCUACAGAGCCAAGACCUCGGAUGCCAGCCUGUUGCCAACCGUCCUUGGGCUGCUGGGGAAGGCAGAGCUGUUGUCCUACCACCGUUCCAGCACUGUGGCUGGUCAGGCAUGGAAUGUCCUGAGUGUGUCUUCUGCCCUUCAAAACCUUCAGGAGCUGAAGCGACAUGUGACAGAAGCUCUUCAGGUUGCCCUUUAAGCUGUGGUUCAAAACCUGGCAGGGCCAGGCACCUUUCCGUAAUGAAAUGUUACACAUUCCAAUAAAAAGAAUUUGCAAAAACUGCUGUCCACUGCAUCCUUGAGCUACAAGAGCCAAGGGGUAACAUUUUUGUUGAUAUCUGUCUGUCUGGAGAGACAAUGGAGUGCGCCUCCAGGGUUGAAGUCAAACCGCUGCAUUAGCAGCACUGAAUUGACCUCUCCUGGGCAAUGUGUGUGAAGGUCCUGAACUACCCAGAUAAGAAAACCCAUCUUUUGGCCUCGCUGAGGGGUCCAAAGGAAAGCAGAGCACUGGGGCUGGCUGCAGAAGAGCUACCUCUUGUGGUUGGCAUAAUUUUUUUAUCACAGGGAUUUAUCAUAUAAUCAUAGAGUUGGAAGGGACCCUGAGGGUCAUCCAGCCCAACCCCCUGCAAUGCAGGAAUAGGCAGCUGCCCCAUACGGGGAUUGAAUCUGCAACCUUGGCGCUGUCAGCACCCACACUAACCAACUGAGCUAUCCAAUCAUGUUUCCAAAGUUGGGAAUUAUUCUUCAUCAGCCUCUGCAAAUGCCCCAGAAUAGCACAAAAAACCAAAUCUUAUUUAGAACAGGAUGAAGUGAAAACUGCCUUUGUUGUAAGAUGUCUGCAUGUGCCAGGAUUUCUUUUGAUGGAAGUCACAAAAAUCACCCCCUUUCCCAAAUAAAAAUAUCCCUCGCCCUUUGUGUUAAAAUACUUUAUAUACUUUAACAAAUCUUUCUUACACUAACAAGGUCUAUUGUCCAAAAAAGUGCCAACAGGGAGAAGCAGGUGCCUCCAAGCAAAGUAAACCCGGGAGCUCAGCAGUGAAGGCAGAGCAGCAAACUUGGAAGGGGAAGGAUCAGAGGAAGAGAUGAGGCCAUUCUCCCUUAGCAAGCAUGGAUAAGACACAGUGCUGUGCAAGAAGGACACCCCCCCCCCCC